AUGGUCAACUGUGGAAUAGCUUUGGGACCAUUAAAAUGUAUUGAGAUAUGUUUCCCCCAGCGUGGUAUGGCGACCUCAUGCGACUACAUGGAUGCCCGAGUUUGCCGUAUCGUAGGUUGUGGUUCCAACAUUAUGAAAUCAUACCGGCAUGAAGAACGCGCGAAAAGUCACACGACCGAAACUCGAAUACGAGGUGACGUUCGUUUUGACAGCAAAGGUGAGGAGCCUCGUCGAUUUGAUGGGCCUCGCCGGCCUAGAGGUGGAUACAAAAACCUCUCUUACGAGACGGAAAGCGAGCGAAAAGUCCAUCUCACUCGAUACAAUGAUGGGCUAAUUAUUCAAGUGUCCAAUGACCGGUGCCGCAAUUCGAAUGCCUCUUUGAUCUAUCGCCGGGGUCACAGUGUCAUCCACCCACAACCACCGUUAAAGUCCAACUUCAAAUCUGUAAACAAUGGACAUCCUACCGACACAUCAAGUCGAUCUCGAAACCAUUUUGAAACAUCAGGAAGGCAACGGUCUUUUUCAUUCCGAGAGGGGUUAGCUAAUAUUCCUGAGCCCUCGAUGUUGCCUCUGGACUGGAAACCCGAUGCCUCUGGAAUUCCAACGGAUUUUAGAUUUCAGGAUGAGCAUCAGCCAAAAGCAGUACAAUGCGGAAAUAUUGGAAGGAGGGGUGAAUGGAAUCGAAGCUCUAGCGCUCGGCGCGGUGGUGGUGGUGGGGGGCUAAGCAAUGGAGGCCGCAAAAUGCGUCGAAGAGGUGGUGCUGGUGAUGAUACGACGGCUUCAUUUCGAGUUGCAGAUAAUGGAAUUGUUCAUGAUCGAGACAACCAGACCGGUGAGAGACCACGCAGUGGACCCCAUGGCAGAGGUAACAUGCGCGGUUCCAGGUCGUCUCGUCGAGGCGGGGCCUGGCGAGGCGCCACUGAUGUUCACCUUGGAAGCAAGGAUGAGACUCAAGGUAAUGGUCCUGGAGCUGGGGAACAUGGGAACCCUGAAAACCUUGAGGAUAGCACUUCAACGGAUGAUGGUCAAUACCAACUUACUGUUGAUCUAAAGGUCGACGAUGAUCAACCUGUAGAUGUAAACUCUGGACAUGAGAAUGGCAGGGAAGAGCACAUGGACGGAGGCUUGUGUAUUAUGGUUGAACCACAUCAAGAGACGGUGGACUCAUCGGAGGAGGAAGAGGAAACAGGAGACAGCAAGGAUGCAUUUGAAGCCCCAGCUGCUAGUUCUACAAGUAAUACCGAUGGAGAGACCUCGGAGUCAUCAAAUGAAGAGCUGGAAGCUGUUGAAGUACCCGAGGAGAAUGUCUCGCAAACAGGCCGUGGGUCUGCGGAAUCUGGACCUUCAAAACAGGAGUCAGCCCAAAAAUCUUCAGAAGAGACCCAAGCCUCUGACGAUUUACAGGAAUUUCAGGGUCCACUGCACGAAAGUGAAGUGUCCAAGAUAUCUGAAGAGAGAAUGUCACAGACAAAUACCCCUAUGGAAUUCACCAAAGCCGAUUCUAAAAGGAAAACGCCACAGGCAGAAACUCCCCCAGAAAUAACUGAAGCAUGUUCGAUACAGAAUGAAAAGACGCAUGACUUAACUCAUUCUGGACCCAUAACGCCCGAGGAAUCGGAUGGGAAUGCUCAGCCUAAUCAAGAGUCAGGUGACUGUGAAACGUCCUUCGAAUCAGUCCCAGCUGAUGAAAGUCACAAUUCAUCAGCUUCGAUUAUAAGUGGUGAGAUAGAUUUAAGUGAAGAAAGUGUAACACCCGGGAAGCCUGAAAUGUCGGCUGGAAAUGUGGAGAGGAUUACCAAAGAAGGGCAUUUGGAAAGUAGCAUCAGUAAAGAUACCAGCAUAAAGAGAAAGAAAAACGAUCCCGUUCCCCUUAACCAUGGUCAAGUUAUGAAGUUCAAUGUACGUCUUUUUUUGACACCUUCACUGCACUAUACCCUUGUUCCUCUCGACUGCGGGGUCCUGUCGUUGGACGUUUUGCCCAGUCCCAUUAUAUUACGAGUUAAACUGGAAUUGCAUUUGACCUCUCUCAAUAUUUAUAGGAGGAAUUACUUUCUAUUUAGCUGUUUUCGUUACCAGUCACCCGCCUAUCUUCGCCAAUGA